CAAGUAUUGUCCAUAUGAAGGAUUCAGUAGCUACACUUGAGUUGAAGCUCAUUUGCUACAGAAGAAGGGAAAGGGAGUGGGUAUAUGUCCGAAGGUGUCUAUUGAUUUGCUUAGCCAAAUGAGAAGAGAUGUUCUAAGGUGCAAAGAAUUAGUAGAAAGGUCAAGACAGAUAACUGUGUCUUUGCCUACUACGGGUUCUUCAUAUGGUGGCAGCACGAACAAGAGAGGACCUGCAAGUGCAUUGGAGAAAUCUUGGGCAAUGAAGGACCGUAAGCACUUGGAUGCUCUAAUUGCUAGAUCAUUCUAUUCUGGAGGGAUAUCUUUCAAUUUUGCAAGAAAUCCAUAUUUUCAACAAGCAAUUUCCUUUGCUUGUAACCGCAACUUGGCGGGUUAUAAAAUGCCUGGGUACAACAAGCUUAGAACUUCGCUUCUGAAGCAAGAAAGAGGUCACAUUGAGAUGCUAUUGCAGAGUUCAAAGAGCACAUGGCAGGAGAAGGGAGUGACAAUUUGCGCUGAUGGAUGGUCAGAUCCGCAGAGGCGACCACUCAUCAACUUUGUUGUUGUUUCUGAGAAGGCACCUAUGUUCUUGAGGGCUGAUAAUUGUGAAGGGCAAGUGAAGACAAAAGAAUACAUUGCUGAGAAGCUGAAGUCUGUUAUUGAAGAAGUGGGUCGUCAGAAUGUGGUACAAAUCAUCACAGACAAUGCUGCAAAUUGCAAAGGUGCGGGUCUUCUUAUUGAAGCUGAAUAUGAGAAUAUAUUCUGGACACCAUGUGUUGUGCAUACUCUCAAUCUUGCUUUGAAAAGUAUUUGUGAGCCAAAACUCCCAAAGAAUGAAGAUGAGGAAUUUGUUUGGAAACAACUUGAAUUUAUACAUGUUAUUAAAAGUGAAGCCCAAAUCAUCAAGAAUUUUAUAAUGAACCAUGGCAUGCGGCUUUUUAUGUUCAAUGAGUUUAGUCAUUUGAAGCUACUAGCUAUUGCUGAAACACGAUUUGCAUCAAUUGUGUGUAUGUUGAAACGGAUGGUGGAGGUACAAAUGCCUCUUAAGCAAAUGGUAAUUAGUGAAGCAUGGGACAUUUACAAAGAUGAUGCUCAAACAGCAGCUCUAGUCCAUGACAAGACACUAACACACCAUGUCUUAACUUGA